AUGGAACACGGCAAGGGAGUGCAAGUGGUGAGGCCGGGCGAGGGUGCGCAGCGGUACGAGCUGGACGAGGAGGCGCUGCGCCGCGUGUUGCUGCGGCAGGACGUGCGCGGCCUGCCCGUGGUGGUAGUCAGCGUCGCCGGCGCCUUCCGCGGCGGCAAGUCCUUCUUGCUCAAUUUCUUCCUCAGAUACCUCAAUGCCUCUCGCGAGAGUCAGUUGACUGGACGGUGGUUGGGUAAGGAGGACGAACCACUAACAGGAUUUCACUGGCGAGGUGGAUGUGAGCGAGACACCACUGGCAUCCAUCUGUGGUCGGAGCCCAUCAUUACAACCACAGAAAACGGCAAAAAGGUGGCCGUGCUGCUAAUGGAUACACAGGGCACCUUCGACUCGCAGACUACGAUAGGCCAGAACUCGACGAUUUUCGCGCUGUCCACGCUCAUCUCGUCCGUGCAGAUCUACAAUCUGUCCGGCAACAUUAGGGAAGAUGAUCUUCAAAACUUACAGCUGUUCACGGAGUACGGCAGGGUGGUGAGCAACGCCCAGGACAAGGCAUUCCAAACGCUUCUGUUUCUCGUCAGGGACUGGGCGAAUCCCUUCGAACACCCUUAUGGUUUGACAGGCGGGUCUCAACUACUACGGAGAAGACUUCAGCUGAAUCGAAACCAGGAACCAGAAUUACGGCAUGUCCGUGAACACCUGCAUUCGUGUUUCGAAGAUAUCAAGUGUUUCCUCAUGCCACAUCCAGGUUUCUGUGUUGGAGAGCGAAACUUUGAUGGCCGUAUUACAAACUUGAAUGAAAACUUCAAAUCGGAGCUUUUGGAAUUGGCGCCUUCUCUGUUCGACCCAAAACUCCUAACUCCAAAGGUCAUCAGUGGUGAAUUAGUCUCGGCAGAAGACUUCUUCGAGUAUUUUAAGAAAUAUGUCAAUAUUUUCAACAGUGAUGAAGUGCCCACAAUGGGUACCAUCUUUCAGGCGACGGCGGAUGCAUGCCUGCUGGCGACGACGCGCAAGGCACGCGAUCUGUACUCGCAGCAAAUGGAGGCGCGAGUGCGCGACAGCGUCAGUGUCAGCAACGCCACGCUCAAAGCCUGGCACGAGGAAGCGCGGGACCAAGCCCUGCGACGCUUCACAGAGAACAGAAAUCUAGCUGCGCAGGCCGAUAUUGAUGUUCAAUUUAGUGAGCUUACUAAGGAACUGGAUACACUCCUCUCAUUUUACUUGUGGAAUAACGACAAAAAAGUUCGCGACACUAUGGCCCUCGCCGCACAAGUAUACGAGGCGGCGCUGAGCCGCGUGUCUGCGGAGCACGCGCGGCUGUGCCUGCACCCGCAGGACCUGGAGGAGCUGCACGCAGAUGCUCUGCGACAGGCGCUCGCAGUUUUUGAUACUGCCAGAGCUGAACCUACAGGCGAAGAGGACGAGAUAAGAUUAGAAUUAAAAUGUAAGUUGGAGCAGCGCUACGAGCACUUGUGUGUCAUCAACGAGCAGAACAACAAGAAUAGCGUGAUGGAGGCACGAGAGGUAUACGUGAGGCGAAUGAAGCUGGAGAUGGACCAGCCGGGUGUCAGCUCCGAGCGACUCUCCACGCAGCACCGGGAGAUAAUGGAUCUCUCUAAAUCAUCCUUUUACUUGCUUAGAAAUCGCUCCACGCAGCGAGAUGACGACCCUCACCUCCGGCGACUUUUACAGGAAAUCGAAGACUGUUAUGCUGAAUUUAGGCAGGGGAUUGUUAAGAGUAACAGAAUGAUGAGGCAAAUGGCUGAAUACGCCUACAACAACUACAUGACGUCGGCGUGGGGCCCGCAGACUUGCUGCUUCCACCCGCGAGCACUGGAGGACUUGCACAACGAAGCUGUGACUGAAGUCAACAAACAGUUACACGGAGACAAAAAUGAAGAUGAAAAUAAGGCAGCCAUUAUGGAAGUCCUGGCAAGACGUUAUUCUGAACUGCAGAUGAAUAACGAGUAUAAUAACGAGCGAGCGGUAGAACAAGCGUUUAAUGCGUAUGUUAUGAAGAUGGACAAGCUCACGCGGCCUUCUGGAGUUCCCGCGUUGGUGUUUGCAUUCUUUACUAUACUCCAGUUUUCUUUGGGUUUCCACCACGAAGAAACCAAGCGAGUAGCAGUGCAAGAGUUUAAUCACAGGCGUCGUGGUACACCAUACGAUCAGGAUCCAUAUUACGACCGUCUGGUGAAGAACAUCGACGUGGCCUAUGAAAACUACAGUAGUCCAGUGAUGACCUUUUUAAGGGAGCUAGGAUUUUGUAGAGACCAAGCUGCAUUACCAGCUAACAAUGCACGCAUGGGAUAA